AUGUCAAAAAAAUCUGGAGCACAGAAUCGAAAAUUAAAAAAGUUAAGAGAGGAAGAAAAUCAACAACUCGCUGCAACAUGGAAAAAGUGGUUGUCAAAAGAAGAAAAAACAGCUGUAAGAUCCACUUUAACUCCGAUUAGUGAAGUAGAAGAAGGCCUACUAGAUGAAACCAAUGAAGAGAAAUCAGAGAUAAGAGAUGAAAUCGUCCAUUUAUCAUUGUCACAAACUGGAGAAACGUCUACAGCUGAUUCUAACACUUUGUCAGUUUCAAAAGAAUUGAAUACUAAAGAAUCGAUCGCGGUUUUUGAUUUUGAUCCUGCAACAUGGAAGCGUCCAUAUAGUCCAUCUUUCAUUGCUUUCUUAGUAGAAAAAGGUACUGAACAAGAUAAAGACGCUGAUUUUUUUUCAUCUGAGAAAGAUGGAAGGAAAUUUUCACCCAUUUGGUAUCAAAAAAUAAUGUCUAAUGGAGAAAUUGUUAAACGAGAUUGGCUUAUAUACAGCAAAAUUAAGAAAUCAAUAUUUUGCUUUCCUUGUUUAUUAUUUGGAACAUCUUCUACUCGCUCUUCAAAACUAGUUGACCCAGAGUGCGGUUUCUCAAAUUGGAAAAAAUUGAAUCCUAAAGUCCCACUGCAUGAAAACUCCGAUGAACAUAGAAAUUCAUAUAUUCAAUGGAAAGAACUAGAAAGAAGGUUGAAAUCAGGCCAAGUUAUAGAAUCUGAUUUGGAGAAAUCUAUCCAACAUGAAAAACAAAAGUGGCGUAAUGUUUUGAGAGCUGUAGUAAAUGUUAUUCUCUAUUGCGCGGACAAUAAUUUAGCUUUACGAGGAUCUUCAAACAAUAUCAAUGAUCAAAACUGUGGAGUCUUUCUAAAAACUAUAAAGUUGAUAUCAAAGCAUGAUCCAGAAUUACGCAUUCACAUUGAUGAAUCAAUUAAACAUCCGGGGCGAGUAACUUAUUUUUCAAAUACUAUUCAAAAUGAAAUACUAAGUCUUCUUUACCGUCAAGUAAAAGAUGUUAUCAUCCAAGAGAUUUAA